AUGUCUAGGGAAGGUGGUGAUGAGCCAUCACAGGAAACAGUAUUGCUCUGUAAGCUUAUUGCUGAAUCUCAGGGAGACAUGCUGCGAAAACUUAUUGAAUCUCAAGAACGCAGCCAGCAGCAACUAUUAGAGACGCUAAACACAAACUUCAAUAAACUAGCGGAAAUACUCGAAAAAGAUGAUGACAAUAUCGUGGAUGAGUAUGAGGAACUAUACAACGCAACAUAUGACGGCGACUGGAGAAAAGCUAGUCAAUUUCUAAAGGAUUGCCCAGAAGCGGUUGAAAAAACAAUCACAUAUGAUAAUGAAACAGCAUUGCAUAUAGCAAUAAUGAAUAAUCACUGGAGGUUUGUGCAAGAGCUUGUGAAACUCAUGACCCCUGAAGCCCUGGAAAUAAAAGAUAAAGACGAUUCUACAGCACUUUAUGGGGCUGCCUUGUACGGAAAUAAAGAAGUUGCUGAGGCAAUAGUAAGAAAGAAUUUAAAACUGACCCAGAUGCGCGAUAAAUAUGACAGGAUACCACUCGAAACUGCUAUUGUACAUUUUACCGAUGGACAAGAAGAGACUGUUAAGUAUCUUUACUUUGUAACUAGGCAUGAAAAACCAAGUCCAUUCUCUGGUGCUCAUGGUGCUGAGUUGUUGUGCAAUACAAUCGAAUCCAGUUUCUACGAUCUGGCAUUAUCUCUUGUCAAACGGUUCCCAAAACUUGUUACUGAGCAUACAGAAGGACCCCGGGGACUUUGCGGACUUGAGAAGCUUAUUUAUAGGCCAUUCGCAUUUAAAAGCGGGGCAAGCCUAUCUUGGUGGGAACGCUUCAUCUAUUCAGUAAUUCAUGUGGACAUAUCUUCCCCAUAUGAUGAUUAUGACACUGAAGAAGUCGAUGAUAGCUCUUCGGAAAAUUUCGAAGGCACAUCUGGAGAUGAAGAGAACCUUGUGGAGAGUUCAGAUGCACCCGAAGGAGACAUAGAGAAUCCAUCGCAAACAUCAGAAGGCACGAAAGCGAACGAAUUAGAGACUGCUUCAAAGAUAUCAUAUGCUCCCUCAAUUAAAGAAAAAGGAGUGACGAGAAUGGUGAAAAACUUCAUUUCAGACUACAUCUAUGCACGAGCGCCGCUUAUCAGACGCCUGUAUAGCCAGAAGGUGAUGCACCAACGAGCCUUUAAGUUGGUUUGUCAUAUGCUUGAGCAAAUUGACGAAAGAACUGCUACUGCACAAGAAGUAACAGAUUUUGUAGAUAAAACUGCCAUUGUGAAGACGGGUGAAACAAUGAUACAAAUGGCAAUUGGAGAACGAAAUGAAGAAAUUUUGAAUCUCAUAUUGGAAACUAGUGGAAAUGAUAAAGAUGAUCUAGUUUCUAGAGAAGAUGACAAUGGUAACAGCAUCUUACAUUAUGCUGCAAAAUUAGCUCCUGCUGCUAAAUUAAAUUUGGUAUCCGGCACAGCUUUACAAAUGCAACGGGAGGUACAGUGGUUUAAGUAUAAGUACACGAGAAAUGAAGAUGGAAAUACAGCGAAGUUUGUAUUCACAGAGCAACAUAAGGACUUAGUGGAGAAAGGAGACAAGUGGAUGAAAGACACAUCCGGCUCUUGCAUGGUAGUUGCCACCCUUAUUGCUACAGUAGCGUUUGCAGCUGCAUUCACUGUCCCAGGAGGGAACAUUAGUGAUACUAAUAGCCCUCUAAACGGUGUCCCAAUUUUCUUGAACGGGAAAGAAUUUACAAUAUUUGCAGUAGCAGAUUCUGUAGCAUUAUUCUCGUCCAUUACAUCGGUUCUCAUGUUUUUAGCAAUCAUGACCUCUCGUUAUGCUGAAGAGGAUUUUUAUAAAUCUUUGCCACAAAAACUCAUAAUAGGGCUCGCAACUCUAUUCAUUUCUAUGGCCAGCAUAUUUAUAUCCUUUGGUGCGGCAUUUACCAUUGUUCUCAAGAGUAAACAUAAAUGGGCUCCGAUUCCGGUGGCAUCGUUUGGUAUAAUUUCGAUACUCUUGUUUGCUUUCUUAGAAUUUCCUUUGUUUGCCAAAAUGGUGGUGAUUUCAGUUGAGGUUAAUGGUUUGGUUGCAGCUGCAGUUGAGUGCCAGAUGCUGAGAAAAGAGCAUUUGGGUUGUUGUGCUCCAAGGAUUGGUGGUGCUGAUGUUGCCAAGGGUGAACUCAGAGAAGGUUUAGGUGAUACCUGA